CUGCAGGCUGCAGACUCAGGCCGGACCAUGAUGCUGCCCCUCCUGCUCUGGGCCCUGCUGCUGCUGCUGGCUACAGUCCCCGGGCCGGGCCCCCGGCCUGCAGCAGGUACCAGGGGGAGCUGCUCCCACCGCUGUGGAGACCAGGAUGGGCUGUGCUCCUGCCACCCGACCUGCUCCGGCCUGAGCUCCUGCUGCUCGGACUUUCGGGACUUCUGCCUAGAAGUCUCACCCUACUCGGGCUCCAUGAUGGGCGGCAAGGACUUCGUAGUGCAGCACCUCAGCUGGUUCAACUCCACCAAUGGCGUGAUCUGCAGGUUUAAGGAGAGCAUCCAGACCCUCGGGCAUGUGGACUCCUUUGGACGUGUGCACUGUGUGUCCCCCUUGCUCUAUGAGACAGGCCGCAUCCCCUUCACGCUCUCCAUGGACAAUGGUCGCUCCUUCCCGCGCUCGGGGACCUGGCUAGCCGUGCACCCCAGCAAGGUGUCGGAGACGGAGAAGAGCGAGCUGGUGAACGAGACCCACUGGCAAUACUAUGGCAUUGCUGGCAUCACGGGCAACCUCACCGUGACCUGGGAGCCCUCGGCUCUGUCCACGCAGUCUGUCACCAUUGAGCUCUGGGGUUAUGAGGAGACAGGGAAGCCCUAUUCAGAUAAGUGGGCUGCAAAGUGGUCGUACCUGUACCCCCUGGCCACAAGCAUCCCCAACUCUGGCUUCUUCAGCUUCACUCCGAAACCCGCACCUCCAAACUACCAGAAAUGGGAAGUGGGUGCACUUCGGAUCAUCAACAGCAAAUGCUACGCAGGGGAGAAGGACGUGCAGGCCCUCUGGAGCAGCGAGCACGCGCUGGCCUGGCACCUGGGUGAGGACUUCCAGGCAGACCCCGAGGCCUGGGCCCGGGCCCAGUGCCUGGCCUGGGAAGAGCUGGAGGACCAACUGCCCAACUUCCUGCAGGAGCUGCCUGACUGCCCCUGCACCCUGGCUCAGGCCCGGGCUGACUCAGGCCGCUUCCACACGGACUACGGCUGUGACAUUGAGCACGGCAGCGUGUGCACCUACCACCCCGGGGCCGUGCACUGUGUGCGCUCCGUGCAAGCCAGCCCCCAGUACGCCUCCGGCCAGCAGUGCUGCUACACAGAGGCCGGCACCCUGCUCCUGACGGCCGACUCAACCGGGGGCAGCACCCCGGACCGCGGCCACGACUGGGGCGCGCCCCCGUUCCGCACACCACCCCGCGUGCCUGGCCUCUCCCAUUGGCUCUACGAUGUCGUCAGCUUCUACCACUGCUGCCUCUGGGCGCCCGAGUGCUCCCGGUACAUGCGGCGGCGGCCCUCCAGUGACUGUCGCAGCUACCGGCCGUCGCGCCUAGCCUCCGCUUUCGGGGACCCACAUUUUGUCACCUUUGAUGGUGCCAACUUCUCGUUCAACGGGCGUGGCGAGUACGUGCUGCUGGAGGCCACGCUGACCAACUUGAGGGUGCAGGGGCGGGCCCAGCCCCGGAUGACUUCGGAGGGCCCGCAGGACCAGGGCACGGGGCUGGUGGCCGUGGCCGUGCAGGAGGGCAACUCCGAUGUGGUGGAGGUCCGGCUGGCUGGCGAGGGCCGGGUCCUGCAGGUGCUGCUGAACCAGGAGGUGCUCAGCUUCACCGAGCAGAGCUGGAUGGACCUGAAGGGUAUGUUCCUGUCCGUAGCUGCCCAGGACAGCGUAUCCAUCAUGCUGUCAUCAGGGGCUGGCCUGGAGGUCAGCGUCCAGGGUCCAUUCCUGAGUGUGACUGUCCUCCUGCCUGAGAAGUUCCUUACCCACACGCAAGGCCUUCUCGGGACACUGAAUGAUGACCCCACCGAUGACUUCACCCUGCGCAACGGGAAGGUCUUGCCCCCCAAGGCCACUUCCCGCGAGCUCUUCCGCUUUGGGGCCGACUGGGCCGUGGAGAACACCUCAUCCCUGCUCACCUAUGACUCCUGGUCCCUGGUCAACAACUUCCUGUAUCAGUCCAAGCAUGACCACAGCUUUCAGCCCCUGUUCCCCGAGGAGACCGUCCCCGACCCCCGUCAGGCCACUGAGGCAGCUGAAUUGUGUGGAGACAACAAUUUCUGCAUAUUCGACGUGAUGGCCACUGGGAGCCUGAGCGUGGGCAAUGCUACGCGGAUGGCCCACCAGGGGCACCAGCAUCGUGUGCAGAGCCUGCAGCCUGUGACGUCCUGUGGCUGGCUGGCUCCACCCCGCAAUGGGCGCAAGGAGGGUAUCAGGUACCUGUCGGGCUCCACCGUCUCCUUCCACUGUGACAGCGGCUACAGCCUGUCUGGGUCGGAGGCGAGCACCUGCCAGGCUGAUGGCACCUGGUCCAGGCCCACCCCCAUGUGCCAGCCAGCGCGGAGCUACACGGUGCUGCUGAGCAUCAUCUUCGGAGGCCUGGCGGUGGUGGCUCUGGUCGCGCUCACCUAUGUGCUACUGCGUCACAGGAAGCGCAACGUGGCCAGCUGGGGUUCGCAGCCCUGAGGGGAGCGCCUUUGGCAACAGCAAGAGGCACAUGGGGCCACCCCGGAGAACGUGUACCCCAGCACUUGGAUCCCCAAAUCCCUAGCACCAUUUACUGGGACCUGGACACCUGAUAACCUGAGCCUUUAAUGUCCGUGCACACCAGGCCUAGUGCCCUGCUCUGUCCCCUCAGACAUGGACACCUGGCUCCAGCCGUGCAGCUCCCGGAAGGCGUCUGGUCCUCUAGUCCCCGGGUAGUCUCAGCUCCAAUUCCCCAGACUCCAUACCCGCGGAUUCUAACGCCUGUCUCUGGAGACCCAACACUCGGGGGGCACCUGAAACGCAAAUGCUAGUACCUCAGAUCCCGUGUCGGAUGCCUGUGACCCUGAUCCACUGAUCCCCGGUGCCCCAGCCCGGGAGCCCUAACACCCAACUGCCUUGAUUGCUGGACUUGGCCCAGCCUGAGUGGGAGAGGCCUCAGGACCCCAGUGUGGAGGGUCACUCUCUGAGCUCCAGGCUUGUAAUUCUAACCCUUCUGGAAUGUCACUUCUAACUCUACUGGAAUGGCACUUGAAAUACCCUUCCCUGUCUACCCAGAGAAAACAAGCAUGUGGUGCCCCCUCCUUGGUGUCCGGUGCUCAUGCUACACUUUGGUUCUGGAGAGUUCCAUGGUUGCUUUGUGGGGCCAGCAGCACCCAGAGCAACCUUAGUCCACUGGAAGGCCACCUGGGGUGGGUCCCUCCCUAGCCUGUCUCCACUGAAAAGUGGGAUUGAGAACGGUGGCCACUUCAUGGGGCAAGUGUCUGCAAAGGAUUCAGGUGGAGUGUCAUGCUGGGUGCCCAGGAGACGGGAUAGGGCCGGCACAGGCACCCGCCCCUUCCCCCAGCAGCAGGUUGGGGGGCCCUGGGCCCCUCCCCUGCACCAGCACUGCCCUGCAGGUAGGCAGUGACUAGUAGUUCCUGACCAGAGCCCAUGUUCUGGGUCCCUGGGUUCUUUACCCAGGCUUCCCCCUACUGCUGCCCUCUAGUGAGGGUGCUGAGUGGGGGCCACGGGAGGGCCUUGGCAGCAUAGGAUAGGGCCAGGCUUGUCUCUGCGAAAGCACAGUGGAGGGCGGGGUUGGAGGCUAGGGCCCCCUGGUCGAGGCCAGUGGCUCACCCUGGGAGGUAGGGGCGGGAGGAGGUUGCCCAAGGGACGCAGAACCUUGGGGUGGGAGGUAAUGAGCGGAGGCCCUCUUCCCAGCAACCUGCACUGCUGAGAGAGGCCACGUGGGGGCAGCAGAGGGUAGGAACAGAGAUGGGAGGUGGAGGCUACACCAGGUCCUAGGAGAGGGCAGUCAGCGGCGGCUCCAGCUGGGCCAGUUGGCUUGUCACAACCUUGGCCAAGGCUCGUGCAGGCCCACUUCUGCAUCUGUCUCUGCUGAGAGGGCCUUGAGUCAUCCCCCGGUCUCAGGAGCAGAGGCCGUCCAGCUGGCUCUGACCGCCAGGGUCAGAAGUGAAGCUUCCCCACACCAUUAGACUUGCCAUUGGCUGAGGGUCCUGGGCAGAGGUGGGAAAGCUGGGCAGUAGGGGCAGCUGCAGUCUGGAAGGCUUCCUGGAGGAGGCAGUCUUGCACAGUGGGGCACAUUCAAAGGAACAGAGAUGAGAGUGGGGUUGGGGGGGUCUCCCUGGGGUGGUACCCCAGAGACUAAAGGAGGGGGAUGGGGUCAGUCUUUGCCCUUCCAGGCCCCACCCCCCUGCUUCCCCACUGGCUUCCUGCUCAGGGCAGGGUGGGACUGAGGGCUGGCCCUUUGGCCACUGGGGAGGUACUUUCCUCUCUGCAGAUGAGGUAAGGCAGGGCUGGCAUUUCCACUGACCUGAGUCCUCGGUGCUGGGCCGGGCACGAACCAGUGUGUGACAGGGUGCUUUCCUUGUCUAGGCAGCCUGGACAUGUGGGAGCAGGCACACCAGGGCCCAGGAGGGCAGGGGCAGCUUCACAGCUCCAGGGCAUAACUGAAAGGCUAGGUCAAAUUCUCAGAGAUGUGAUUGGUCAGAGAGGAUAUUCCAGGCAGAGGAACAGCCUGGGCAAAGGCUCAGAGAGAAGUGUAGUCCGGUCUGAGGAAUAGUGAGGCCCCUGGUCCACCAGCCAGUGGCGGUUAAGCUUCAUCCUAAAAGAGUAAAACAUGGCCUCCCUCCGGCUUCCCCACCCUACACUUGUCCCUCCAGGUUGGGACCGAGAGUUGUCCCCACCCAUCCCCAGCAGGAGAAGGGGUGCACUGUCUGUGGCCCUUGCCCCAGACAUCUGGCAUUCCCAGUGCCAGGGACAGGCCAGGCUGGGAAGCCCCGACACCUGACGGGUUUUCCCAGGGGCCUGUAGGGAGUCAGGGGCACUACUGGGCCUGUGUGAGGCAGAAGGUCCCAGAGCCCCACAUAGACUCCCUUUAGAGAGCUCAAAGGCAGGGACCACCGCCUCGGGAAGUGGUCUCCCCAAACCACAGUCCCAAGGCAUCAGAAGCCAAUGUCCAGUCCCCUACCUUUUGUACUGGUCAGGGCCUGAGGGACAGAAAUCCAGGGACUUAGAAACACAGGGAUGAAUCGGGAAGUCAAAUAGCUGGUGAGGAUGCCAUAGGACCCCAGCAACAGCCCUGGGCCGAGGGACAGAGGAAGGAGGGUGCCAGAGCCAGGCCCAGGCACUCACAAAAGCGGGAACCUCACAGCAGAAACCGUGCAGGCCCAUGGGCGCUGGCAGGAGCCACAGGCCCAAGAUGGGCGAAGCACCUGCUUCUCCUGCCCUCCGACCUCCCACUAGGGCCUCCCAUUAGCUGAACACAGUGGGGAGCAUAGGGCUGAGGGGCCAAAACAGCACAGUGGGGAGCAGGGCCCCCUCCUUGGCCAGGCUGGUUCCUUCUGCAAGCCCUGGGGUGGCUGAGUCCCUGCCCUGGGCCACCUCUGUCCUCAGAGCUGACAUUCCGAUGGCUGCCCAGCAAGGAGGGGAUGCUCAGUGCAGCACAUGUUGGGAAUGGGAAAUCAAGGGAUGCUUCCUGGAGGAGUCCCAUUGAAGUGGAACUUGAAAGGACAAAAACCAUUAGGGAAAUGAGGUUGAGUAGGUGCCUGCAAGGAGCAGAACAGCCCACGACACCCAGAUACCUCUGCUGGGUUGCACGCUAGACUGCAUUUCCCAGCGCCCCUUGCACUGGGGUGGUCACGUGACUAAGUUCUCCUUGUGCAAAGCUAGCAGAAAAGGACGGGGCACUUGCAGGCCUGAGCCAUAACACUCUCCACCAGCAUCCUUCCACGAUCUUUCUGUUGCGAGGGUGGCUCUGGACCCCGUGCUAACCUGGGUCCCCAGCAUGUGGCAGGGAACCCUCUCCCUCCCUCACUGUCCUGUUCACCCAUCCAGUAUUACUACUGGCACAAGAAACAAACUUGUGAUUAAACCAUAAUACAUUUUUGGGUCUAUUUGUUGCAGCAGUCGUUUCCUCUAUAAAUGCCAGAGGCAGGGGUGAGAAAAGAUGGUCUUACAAUACUGUGGGCACAAGGUUUUUAAAAACUCAAGAUAGGCCAGCGUUCAUAGCAGUGUUGCUCAUGAUCGCCAAAAAGGUGGGAGCAACCAAGUGUCCACGGAUGCCUGAAGGGGUAAAGGAAACAUGGUCCACCCACGUGUGGAAUGUCGUUCACAGGCUCUAACAUGGAUGAAUGUUAAGACAUCUUGCUCAGUGAAAUAAGCCAGACACAAAAGGACAAUGCUGUACCAUUCCGCUCAUACGAAGUUCCUAGAGUCAUCAAAUUCAUAGAGACAGUAAAAUAGAGCUUACCGGGGCCUGGGUCAGGGAAUGGGGAGCUAGUGUUUAAUGGGGCCAGAGUCUCAGUCUGGGAAGAUGAAAACAUUCUGCAGAGGAAUGACGCUAAUGGUUGCCCAAGACCGUGAAAGGCUUAAUGCCAUCGAGCUGGACACUUCUAAAUGGUUACGAUGGUAAACAUUAUGUAUUUAUGUACUUUACUACAAUAAAUAAAGAAUUCAAAGUUUACUUAACUGGUCCCCGGUUGGUGGGCAUGAAGCUGUGCUCAGUCUUUGGCUUCUUCAAACACUGUUGUCCCUUGUAAAGAAGUCCAGGGUUACUUGCAAGAGCAGUUCAUACCAGAGGACUGGCUGGUUAAACAGCACAUGCAUUUUCCUCCUGGAGUGGUGCUCAGUGACACCCUAACCUACUGAGAGAGCCCGGUCCCCUCCCCCUCGUCAGUACAAGGAGCCUUCACAUUUUUUUGCUCUUUGCCAGACAGACAAAACAUGUGGUGAGGCCCACCUCAACUUGGCUAGGCUGAACAUCCCCAGAAUUCCCAUCCUGGUCAGGAUGGACUGCAAGAAAGAGUCCCAUGCCCAGAUUCGGAGGCAGGAAGCGAAUCAGCAGUCUCGCUCAUAGCUCACACUCAUCAUGGUGUGUCUGCUGACUCAGCUCGUCCGCACCAGGAGAGGCCAAGGUUGCAGCGCCUUCACUUGCCCUCAGGCCACGUUCAGCUUCCCUGCUCCUUUGCCAGGUGCCUGACAGGGGAGUCCAGGAAACCCUUAUCUCCCUUGGCAACAAGAAGGCUCUCGGGUUUCAACCAAGCCAUGUGGACUCCAGCCAACAAGUGGGGUUCCAGCCAGCUCUGGAUCCUCCCCCCACCUAACACCCACCUGCCCUCCAGACUCUCUGCUACAUGGACCUCAAGCUCCAACAUCAGAUGGAAGACAACAGCCUUACAGAGGCCCCUUGACCAGCUCCCACAGUUGCAGGUUCUCUGGUGGAACCCUGAUAAAUAAAGUAUAAGUUGUAUGCAAGAAAGUACACCGCGGGUGUCUGGGUGGCUCAGUCGUUAGGCGUCUGCCUUCGGCUCAGGUCAUGAUCCCAGGAUACUGGGAUCGAGCCCCUCAUCAGGCUCCCUGCUCAGCGGGAAGCCUACUUCUCCCUCUCCCAUUCCCCCCGCUUGUGUUCCCUCUCUCACUGUGUCUCUCUCUGUCAAAUAAAUAAAUAAAAUAUUAAAAAAAAAAAAAAAGAAAGCACACCGCUCCGGGUCCAG